GGCGCUGAAGGGGAAAGCUCUUCUCCAGACCCUGUCUUGCGGUGGUUGGUGCUGGAGUUCGUCAGUAGGGGGGUCCGCGGCGAACGCGAGCGGAGGAGGGACGACGAGGAGCGGACGGGACGUUAGGACUGGAGCUGCAGGCUCUUGCAUUUUAAUGAAGUGAAAUGGAAGAAAAGCCCAAUUUUCCCAAAAGGAGCAAAGAGCUGGUCAUUGGCAAAGAAGAAACUAACUGGAGGAAUACAGUGCACCAAGAAAAUCAUUUUGUACCCGGAAGCCACUCAAAACAUUUUAACAAAAGAACAGAAAACCAGAAGCAAAGGGAAGUACAAGAGAACAACAGUCCUAAUGCAAGGAAGUGUGCUCAAGUUAUCAUGAGCAAUCCAAACACAGUCACGAGAGCUGGCUACAGCCCAGGCACUUGGUCCAAAGAUGGGCGUAAGGAAAAAAGUAAGAAGUGGAUGUCAGGUAUGGAACAGGGUUCUGUUGUUCAGAACAAGGAGAGGAAGUGGAAGGAGAAUGCUUCUGAGUUGAGAUAUAAAUCUCUACCAAAAGACAUUGAGCACAGAAAAACUGAAUGGACCAGGUCUCAAAGUAAUUGCGAUAAAGUCAGGAAUGCUAGAAGACAACUACAUAAGGAAUAUUUGAAUGAUGAACUAUUUGGAAAACAAACAGAAGGCCAAAAGAAGUCAAAGAGAAUGAAAAGAAAUGAACAAAUGCAAGACUCUAAUACAUUAGUUAUAGAUGAAUCCAAAUUAACAAAAGAAGCCCAACUAGGACUACAUCUGGCUGAAGAAUGGCUCAAAGAAGAUUCCAUCUUUAGACUCAAAAAGCGUGCCCGAAGUUGUCCAACUGCAAAGUACACGUGUAAACUUUGUGACGUGUUGAUUGAAUCUGUGCCAUCUGCUUGUAAGCACAUUAAGGAGAAAAGACACAAGAAGUGCCUAAAGGACAUGCAAGAAGAAGAAAUGCUCGCGAUGCUUCCACCUCCAAGUCCCUCACAAGUCAGAGCAAUUGAUGCUGCCAUUAACAAGAUUGUUCAGGAGGAUGGCCUAACUGAAGAUGACGUGAAAAAAAGGCAUGAAUUACAAGAAAUGGAAAAUGUUCUGCAGCAUUUAUUGCCAGACUGCUCACUUAGACUGUAUGGGUCCUCAUGUACAGGAUUUGGCUUUAGAGAUUCUGACCUUAACAUUGAUAUUCAAUUUCCAGCUCAUAUGAACCAACCAGAUGUGCUGUUGCUAGUUCAGGAAAGCCUUAAGAAUAGCAGUAAUUUCUUCAUUGAUGUUGAGGCGGAGUUCCAUGCCAGAGUGCCUGUCAUACUGUGCAGAGACAAGCAAAGCGGCCUUUUAUGUAAAGUAAGUGCAGGCAAUGAAAAUGCAUGGCUCACAACUUGUCACUUAGCUGCCUUGGCAAAGUUUGAACCUUCUCUUACUCCACUGGUUAUUGCCUUUAGAUCUUGGGGAAAGCUUUGUCAUAUCGAUAGCCCAGAAGAAGGCGGGUUGCCACCCUAUGCAUUUGCUUUAAUGGUAAUAUUCUUUCUUCAACAAAGGAGCGAAUGUGUGCUACCUGUGUAUCUUGGAUUAUGGAUUGAAGGAUUUUUGGUGGAUAACUUGGCCAACUUCAGUCUUAAAGGGGUAGAAAACAAUGAGGUUAUCUGGGAACACAAAUCAAGUGAGGAUGAUAUUUCAUAUGAAGGAAAGGUUCCACUCGUCUUUGAAAGAGAUCAACAAAGUUCUGUACCUGUAGGACAGCUGUGGGUUGAACUACUUCGAUUUUAUGCAAUUGAAUUUUCAGUGACUUAUUUAGUUAUUAAUAUACGAAUCAGAGAACCACUUUCUCGAGAAGCUAAAGAUUGGCCCAAAAGGAGAAUUGCCGUGGAAGAUCCAUACUCUGUAAAGAGAAAUGUGGCCCGAACCUUAAGUAGUCAGAUUGUAUUUGACUAUCUCAUUCAUUGUUUACGAGCAACGUACAAGUACUUUGCGAUGCCGAGAUACAAGUCAGCAAAAUUCAACAAAAGAGACGAAGAGAAAGCUGAUUCUAAAGCAGGAUCUACUAUUGUAGCAGAUCAACAGACAUUGCUUGAUUUUAGUACUUCAAGGGUACAGCUACCAGAGACAACAACUGCUAGUUUAGCAGAAAUUCCUGAUAGAGAAUGGCAACAGUUCCAUGAUGGUGCUCCAUGUAAUGAUGGUGAAAAACUAUCUUCUGAAAAUUCUUGUAGAAAACUUGGAAACCUUACAAGAGUUGUGAGAGUGAAAGUUUCACAGAGGAAGAAAGGUGAUGAUGUUGAUAUUGAAGAUUCUCAUCAACUAGAAAUGAAAGAUGAAGAAAACACUUUAAAUGAAUUUAGAGAAAGCUCUAACAGUACCGAUGAACUACACAAUUUCCCUAAAAAGGCAAUGCAGCACGAGAAAAGGACUUUAAACAGGAAUGAAGAGGAUGAGGAGGAAGAUGACAUUGAUGAUGAUGAGAUGGAUCUGAACAUCACACUCCGAGUUCUUCUUGACAGUCUUACAGCUGAAGAGGAAUUUGUGACUUUAUCAACAGAGUCUAGUGAGGAGGAUAAUCAGUCUGAAGAAGAUGGAAUAAUUGAUGAUGAAAUGCUAAACUGGAAAGAACAUGCGCUUGAUGGCCUAACUGAUGUGACUUUUCAAACAAUCAAAUGUGCUCCAAGCAAGAAACAAAAACAAGAAGUUCAAAGUGAAAUAAAUAAGGAAGUUACUGUUGGAGAAACUGACCCUACCUUGCAUGGAUGCGAAUCACGGUGGAGCGAGGACAACAUGUUUUAUGUGUUCAGUAAAGCAGCUUUUACAAAGGGCAAGGCUUCCAUAAUUGUGUGCAGCUUAUGCAAGCGAGAAGGCCACUUAAAGCAUGAUUGUCCAGAGGACUUCAAAAAAGUUGAUCUUGAUCCAUUGCCACAAAUGACACCGGAAUUUCUGGAAGAACUUAACAAAGUUUGUAUCCAGUGUUACUCUGACUUUUCCCCAGAUCGUCUGGAAAUUCAGGCACGUGAACAUAUUCUGGUGGACCUGCAGAUGUUUAUCAGGAGAGAACUUGAUGCUAAGGCAAAACUCUGCUUGUUUGGGUCUUCCAAGAAUGGGUUUGGUUUUAGGCAAAGUGAUCUUGACAUUUGUAUGACGUUUGAAGACCGGGAAACAGCAGAGGGAUUAAAUUGUAUCAAGAUUAUUGAGGAUCUGGCAAGAGUGCUCAGAAAGAAUCCAGGCUUAAAGAACAUUCUGCCCAUUACAACUGCAAAAGUUCCAAUUGUUAAAUUUUACCAUGUAAGAAGUGGCCUUGAGGGAGACAUUAGUUUAUAUAACACUCUGGCCUUGCACAACACUGGACUGUUAGCUUGUUAUGCAGGAAUUGAUCCAAGGGUGAAAUAUAUAGGCUAUACUAUGAAGGUUUUCGCCAAGAUGUGCGAUAUUGGUGAUGCAUCCAGAGGCAGCCUUUCAUCGUAUGCAUAUACUUUAAUGGCACUUUACUUCCUACAGCAAAGGAAGCCACCAGUAAUUCCUGUCCUUCAAGAGAUAUAUCAUGGGAUAAAAAAGCCAGAACAGUUUGUCGAUGGUUGGAAUGUGUAUUAUUUUGAUAAACUGGAUGAACUGAAAAAUAAAUGGUCGGACUAUGGAAAGAAUAAAGAAUCCCUUGGAGAGUUGUGGCUGGGGCUUCUCAGAUUCUACACAGAGGAGUUUGACUUUAAAGAACACGUCAUUAGCAUCAGGCGAAAGUCUCUACUCACAACCUUUAAGAAGCAGUGGACAUCUAAAUAUAUUGUAAUAGAAGAUCCAUUUGACCUCAACCAUAAUCUUGGAGCUGGAUUGUCUCGAAAGAUGACAAAUUUUAUCAUGAAAGCUUUCAUCAAUGGGAGGAAAGUUUUUGGAACACCAAUUAAACACAUCCCAGUACAAUAUCCCAUGAUUAUGGAGUAUUUCUUUGAUCCAGAAAUUCUGACUGAGGGGAAGGGAGCUCCAAAUGACAGAUGCUGCAGAAUUUGUGGAAAAAUCGGACAUUUUAUGAAAGAUUGUCCAAUGCGGAGAGGCAGCAAAGCAAGGCAACGACAAAAUCUCGAUGAUCUUAAAACCCAUUUUGUAAACGUUGGCAAAUGGGAAAAAAUCUUGGAACAGACAAGAAGAAUUAUCGAAAAAGAUUCUCCAAAAAAGGAAGUGCCAAAGCUGCAUCGGCAAGCUUUAAAAGAUACUCCGGGAAAAGGAGGAGAGUCACAUUCAGAGGUUCGUACACCUAGGAAGUCAAAGGAAGAAAGAGCAGCAAAUGAAAUGCUCAGGGACAGAACUCCCAGGCAGUAUCCCGAACAAAGGAAGAAGCAGGAGGAGAGAGAUAAACGUUGUUUUAUCUGUGGGAAGGAAGGCCACAUCAAAAAAGAAUGUCCUCGGCACAAAGGAGAAAAAAGUGCUGAAUUUGCUGCAAGUGCAUCCUCCUCCUCAAUAUCCAACAUUGGGAAUGAGAACACCAAAGGAAAUGUGAAGAAGAAAAAACAAAAAGGAAAUUCCCAGUCAGGUCUUGCUAACAAAGUCUCAACAAAUUCAACUCAGGGAAGAUCUCCACAGAAAAAGAUGCAAUCAGAAUGAAUAUUAAAGGAUGCUGAAAAAUUGAUUAAUUUGUAUUUUAGUUUGAUAAUAAACUGUCCCCUUUGUGCAAAUCCUCAAUUCUCCCAUAGUUAAGACAACUUACUAAAUGUUUUAUGCUUGUUCUUGAAAGAAUAGUGAUUUUAUGUUCCAUAAAAUGUUGUCACAUGUCCCUGAUCUUAUUGAGUUUAAAUGUUUUUAAUUAGACCAUGUUCUAUGUUUAAAAUAUUUUGUUGUGAUACUAAGCAUAAUUUUGAGUAUUAUUUUAAUCUUUUGACCGACCUAAUGCCUUUUCUUCUGUAAAUCACCAACUUUACUAAUCAUUGUUCAAAUAAAAUAGAUAAGUUGGCACCUUAACUGUUAAAUUAUUUCGAAGCAAUUAAUGUAAUAGCAUAGUUCAGGAAAAUAUGCAUAUUGUUCUAUGGGAAAACAUUAAAUUUUCAGAGUUUUAUUUUGUUCUUGUUUUGCAGUGCCAUAUUUGCAUAUCAUUGUGAUGGGGAAGGAGGGGCAGUUUAUACAAAGUCAUUUUGGUACAUUUAUAAAAACAUAAAUAUCACAAUAGUUACUCAAUAGUUCUUUAAUUGGUAUGAAUUGGCAAAGCAGAAUAAAUGCAUCAUUGUUUAUUAACAAUAUCAAUCUUGAAUAUUGCUUCUUUGGUAAGACCAAAUUGAUGAAUUUCCAUUGAUUCAGCUUGAACCACAAAUUGAGCCAAAAAAUAUAUAAUUUGAACUAUUUUAUCCGUGGUAUUUUUGUGAUGUUGGAUUUUUUUUGGGGGGGGGGGGUGGAGAAGUACUGUCCAAGAAAAUUAUACAGUCACAUGUUUGUGUAAUCCACUGAAGUGGCACACCAGAAGAAAGGAAUCUUGAAUCUGCUUGAAACUGUUUGAUUGUGAUAUUUGUGAUUUGUUGCUUUGGAAUAGAUAUGUUUUUGAGGAUUUGCUGCUUUAAUUACUGAGAUGUUUGAAACAAUGCUUGUAUAAAAGAAAUGUGGACAGGUACCUUGUGUUUGUACAUAUGUGGUAAAUGUACAUUCAAAAUCUCUCAACUGCUGUGCGUAAAGUCUUGUGAAGAAAAAUAAAAUUCUUAGAAAAACCUAAACUUGUGGGGUUUUUGUGAGAAAAGUUGGGAUAUAAUCUUGAAUUAUAUUCACACUUUUUGUUAUAAACAUGAGUAUCUGAAUUAUAAUGAACAAUUUGUGUAUAAAUAUUAUUUCUAGAAUAAAUACUCGACUGGCUAUUUUAGUUUUCUCAAUGGGGAUACAGUAGGUUGUAAAUCAGUCCUGUGAACAGGGAACACACAUUUCUUUGGGUUCAAGAGAUACUCUCCCAUAAACCUGAAUUGAAUGGCAAAAAGAGGAUGUUAAGUAGGUCCAACAGUAUUAAUUGUACCACAGACAUUCUGUCAUUGGACCAUUUCUAUAGAUUUGUUUGGAAACUUGCUUAGAUUUUUCU